AGACCCCAGCGACGGCCGUGGCGUAGAGCCGGGUGGACGCGGCGGUAGCGGCGGGCGUAGCGGCGGGCGUUGCGACUGACUGCGCGGGUUGUCUGCAGGACUCGCUUCCCUGGCUGCCCUCGCCGUGCUGGCUGAUUGUUGUGCGGCCGGCGCCAUGUCUGUGAGCGAGAUCUUCGUGGAGCUGCAGGGCUUUUUGGCUGCCGAGCAGGACAUCCGAGAGGAAAUUCGUAAAGUUGUACAAAGUUUAGAACAAACAGCUCGAGAGAUUUUAACUCUUCUGCAAGGGGUCCAUCAGGGUGCUGGGUUUCAGGACAUUCCAAAGAGGUGUUUGAAAGCUCGAGAACAUUUUGGCACAGUAAAAACACAUCUAACGUCUCUGAAGACCAAGUUCCCUGCUGAACAGUAUUACAGAUUUCAUGAACACUGGAGGUUCGUGUUGCAGCGCUUGGUCUUCUUGGCAGCAUUUGUUGUGUAUUUGGAAACAGAAACACUAGUGACUCGGGAAGCAGUUACAGAAAUUCUUGGCAUUGAGCCAGAUCGGGAAAAAGGAUUUCACCUGGAUGUAGAAGAUUAUCUCUCAGGAGUUUUAAUUCUUGCUAGCGAAUUGUCUAGGCUGUCUGUCAACAGUGUGACUGCUGGAGACUACUCCCGGCCCCUGCACAUCUCCACCUUUAUCAAUGAAUUGGAUUCUGGUUUCCGUCUUCUCAACCUGAAAAACGACUCCCUGAGGAAGCGCUACGAUGGCUUGAAGUAUGAUGUGAAGAAAGUAGAGGAGGUGGUCUAUGAUCUCUCCAUCCGGGGCUUCAAUAAGGAGACAGCAGCGGCUUGUGUUGAAAAAUAGGUGGCUCUCCCUGCUUCUGGCCUAGCUGACUUCAGCAGUUGCCAGGGAUGGCUGAGCACAUAGUGCCUCUUACCGUAGUUAGGAUACCCAGUUGCUAAACACUGCGCUUUAUUUUCUUAACCAGUUGUGUGGUGUGAGUAUCAGAAUUGAAACACUUUUUUGGGGAUUAAAAAAAAUAGCCUUUACAUGGACAGAUUUUUCUUUGUUGUUUCAGUAAAUUUGCUCUGUAAUUCGUUAUAUUUCAGUUCUGUCAAAAAGUGUAAAUGUCAGUCUCUUGGUAAAGUCCUUUUCUUCCUUACCCUGACUGUGGAUGUACUGAUUGAGAAGUUCAUUGUCUCGUUUGUGAUUCUUCCAGAAGUGACUCGAUAUUUUCUAUAUCUAAGUUAGCCAUCCAUUUCCAGGUGUAGCCUGGAUAUAGUAUAAAAAUAGAUAAUUAAAAAGGAUGGUUGGCAAGCAAGAACUUACUUUCUCUUCCUUAUUUUAAGCCUGUGAGUAAAUGAGAUGUUGAAUUUUUUUGCCAAGGGAAUUAAAGCCCUGGGUUCUCUUUCACUGCCAUCAGAAUAUAAAAGAUUAAACUGCAAAGUCAAACUCAACAGAUUAUUUUGGAAGUUUUUGUAUUAAGAUAUUUAGUAACAUUUCAUCAUUUGGUUCUAUCACUAGGGAAGUAGGCCUUUGUGUUUUAAAAUACUUCUGCUUUCUGAUGUUGCCUUAACAUUCUGCUGUUGCAGCAAUUAAAAAUAGUUGUCACACACAUCAACUUCAUAUGAUACAUUCCUAAACUAUGAAACCUUCUUCCUAGCAGCCAGGUAGGUCAUUUGAUCUGGAAGUGUGAAGCCACGUGCAAGAAUUAGCAAUACCCUGGCGAGUGUGUCUUAGAGAAAAAUGUUUUGUGUGGUCUGGAAGAAAGAUGAAGCCUCAGCUUAAAAGGAAAUAUACAUAUAUGUUUUUUCAAGUAAGAAAUUUUAAGUUGGUGAUGGCUAUCCCAAUAGAUUUUAAAUUUACAGUUUGGGGCAAGUCAUAAAUUUUGUGGAUGCCCCAAUUUUCUCCCCAUUUUCAGAUGGUAUUAAGAAUGCUUACCAGUCAACUCUUAAUAUUGAAUUGAAAUUAUUAAAAUAGCGGCUUAAAAAAGGGGUGUAGCUCAGUGGUAGAGCACUCACCUAGCAUGUGUGAGACCCUGGGUUUAGUUCCUAGCACAGCAAAAAAAAAAAGACCCAACAUCAAAAAAGGUGACUUAAUCCACAGCUGUUUGGCACCCUCUGAAAGGAAGUUGCUAAUGUUUCCAGAAUAAUGUGAAGUAUUUAGAAGUAUUAUCUUUUCUUGCCUAAUCACCAGUUUAGGCUUCCUAUUUGUACUUUGGAGAUAUCUGGUGUUUAUCAGGCUGAAUUAAAGGCUGACUCCAAUCAUGAGGAAGGAUGUGGAAACUAGGUGUGAGUUACUGUGCAUUGGAUUUUAGAACAGUUUUCUUGACAGUUCUUGCAGAGAGUUUGUAGAAAGAAAAGGAUGUUAGAUUCUUAAAAGUGCCUAUGAUGGUCACUUAGAAUGUGUAGUAAUAUUACUGCCUGGAUAAAAGUCUUUUCAGCUACAUGACCAGAUAUAGAGUUUGAUAAUAAUUUUUUUUUUUUGCCUGUAAGUAUUGAUUCUACUGGAGAAUAUUUUAAAGUUUUUUUCUAGAAGUUGUGGAUUUCUUUCUCUCUCUCUCUCUUUUUUUUUUUUUUUGAGAUAGCGUCUUCAUGUUUCCCGGGCUGGUUUUGAACUCCUGGGCUCAAGUGAUCAUUCUGUCUCAGUCGCUCAAGUGGCUGGGACUAUAGGCAUGCACCACUUUAUCUGGCUCUUGAAUAUCAGUUUUGAUAAAUACAGUUUAACUGGAAAAGUAUAUUCUGUUUUUUUAAUUCCAUUUGAGAGUUGAGAAGAGUCAUGUUUAUAAUUAUUCAGUCAUGUUUCUUGCUGGCUUGUAAAGCAAUAAAAAACUUUUUGGUCUUUUUUGUAA